AUGUCUGUCUUUGGUGGGAUACCUGCUGGGGACAAUACCCAGCAUGGGAAAGGGUUGGCGUCCGAACUUGGACCGCAUCAUGAUUCUUCAUCUUCUUUGACAAAAACCAUAGAGCCAGACAACGAAAAGCCAGCCGACAUCGACGAAGAAAUUCGUGGGAUGGUGAGACAGCUCACCCGUCAAUCUACCCGCUUUUCUUCCACUCAAACGAAGAAUCCUUUUUUCGAAGAGGACAAGGAAACUACCUGGCAUCCUGACAGUCCGUUUUUCAAAUCCAAAGACUGGAUUCGGGCUCUUAUUGCAGCCCAGUCGCAGCACCCUGACCGAUUCAUACAACGGUCUGCCGGUGUCGCUUUCAAAAACCUGCAUGUCCAUGGUUUUGGAAGCCCGACUGACUAUCAGAAGGAUGUUUUCAACGCAAUUUUGAGCGUUGGUGGUUUCUUCCGCAACCUUGCUGGCACCGGACAACAGAGAGUGCAGAUUCUGAAUGGUUUCCAUGGUCUUGCUCGAAGUGGAGAGAUGCUACUGGUUCUAGGCCGUCCUGGAAGUGGAUGCUCAACUUUUUUGAAAACUAUUGCCGGUGAGAUGAACGGCAUUUAUGUCGACGACAACAGCUACAUAAACUACCAAGGAAUCUCUGCUCCGACGAUGCACAAGCAGUUCCGCGGAGAAGCGAUCUUUAGCGCUGAGAACGAUGUUCAUUUCCCCCAACUCACAGUCGGCGAAACAUUGACAUUCGCUGCCAUGGCACGUGCACCUCGCACAAGAUUCGAAGGUCUUGACAGGAAACAGUAUGCAGAGCACCUCCGCGACGUGGUGAUGACUAUGCUAGGACUUCGCCAUACAUUCAACACUCGAGUUGGCAAUGACUUCGUGAGAGGUGUCAGUGGAGGUGAGCGCAAACGUGUGAGUAUUGCUGAGGCCAUCCUUAGCGGAGCUCCCCUCCAGUGCUGGGACAACAGUACUCGAGGUUUGGAUAGUGCCAACGCGCUGGAGUUCUGCAAGAACCUUCGUUUAAUGAGUGACUACGCGGGCACUACUGCGUGCGUUGCAAUUUAUCAAGCCUCACAGAAUGCGUAUGAUGUCUUUGACAAGGUGGUUGUGCUAUAUGAGGGACAACAAAUCUACUUCGGCCCGACUGGUGAAGCUCGUGAUUUCUUCACCAAUAUGGGCUUCGAAUGCCCUUCGCGCCAGACCACAGCAGACUUUUUGACAUCUCUGACUAGUGCAACCGAGCGUCGUGUUAAGCCAGGAUUUGAAGACAAAGUGCCUCGGACACCUGCCGAGUUUGCGCAGCGUUGGCACAAUAGCCCAGAAUGUGCACAUCUGUUGCAGGAAAUUGAUACCUUUGACAAGGAACAUCCUAUCGGAGGUCAAUCCUUGGCCACCUUUAGUGAGGCACGCCGCCUAAUGCAAUCUACGCAACAGUCAGUCACUCCUACCAUGUUUGUCGGAUAUCUGUUACUCACACUUUCUAGACGCCCUAAAUCUCCUUAUACGCUCUCUGUCCUGGAGCAAAUGAACCUCUGUGUGAAACGUGGAUUCCUGCGACUUAAGGCUGAUAUGAGUCUGACAUACACUGCCCUCUUUGGUAACUUCUUUAUAUCUCUCAUUUUGGGAAGUGUGUUCUACAAUCUUCCUGCGGACACAAACAGCUUCUUUUCGCGGGAAGCUCUUCUUUUCUAUGCAGUCUUGCUUGCCGCAUUUGCCAGUGCCCUUGAGAUCUUGACACUCUAUGCCCAGAGACCUAUUGUGGAAAAGCAAUCUCGAUAUGCCUUCUAUCAUCCGUUCACAGAGGCACUUGCUUCCAUGCUGUGUGAUCUCCCCUACAAAUUUGCUAAUUCAUUUACAUUCAACCUCCCGCUCUAUUUCUUGUCCAACCUCAAACGUGAGCCAGGAGCCUUUUUCAUCUUCUGGGUCUUCUCAAUCGUGACAACAUUGACCAUGUCAAUGGUUUUUCGCACUUUCGGUGCUGCGUCACGUUCACUUGCUCAAGCACUCGUCCCUGCUGCUCUUCUCAUCUUAGGCUUGGUCAUUUACACUGGCUUCAUCAUUCCCACGCGUGAUAUGCUGGGAUGGUCUCGCUGGAUGAACUAUAUCAAUCCAAUCGGCUAUUCUUUUGAAAGUAUGAUGGUGAAUGAGUUCCGAAACAGGCAGUUCAAAUGCGCGGCCUUUGUACCCUCUGGAGAGGGAUAUGAGAAUAUCGACCCAAUCAACAGGAUUUGCACCACUGUCUCAUCUACUCCAGGAGAUGAUUCAAUCAGUGGAGAUGCCUAUCUACGAACAUCAUAUGCUUAUACCGCUAGUCACUUGUGGCGCAAUCUUGGUAUUAUUUUUGCUUUCAUGAUAUUUUUCAUGAUUGUCUAUCUCCUUGCCACAGAGUUCAUCUCAGAGGCUGCCUCAAAGGGUGAGGUUCUUAUCUUCCGCAGGGCUCAUCAGCCCAAGGCUCAGCAAGCCGACGCCGAAGUCGCGCCGGACACAGCCUACAGGGCUGAAGAAGGAGACCAAACUACCGGUGCCAAUAUUCAGCGCCAAACAGCUAUUUUCCAGUGGCAAGAUCUGUGUUACGACAUCAAGAUUAAGAACGAAGAGCGCCGAAUCUUGGAUCAUGUAAACGGAUGGGUAAAGCCCGGCACUGCCACCGCCUUGAUGGGUGUCUCUGGUGCUGGAAAGACUACUCUGCUUGAUGUCCUUGCAACUCGCGUCACUAUGGGUGUUGUGAGCGGCUCUGUUUUGGUUGAUGGACAGCCAAGAGACAGUUCCUUCCAGCGCAAGACCGGCUAUGUUCAGCAGCAAGAUGUGCACUUGCCUACUACAACAGUUCGAGAAGCUCUUCAGUUCAGUGCUCUUCUAAGACAACCGGCCAACGUUAGUCGGAAGGAAAAGCUAGAUUACGUUGAAGAAGUGCUGGAAUUGCUCGGAAUGCGGUCAUAUGCAGAUGCUGUGGUUGGUGUUCCAGGUGAAGGGUUGAAUGUUGAGCAGAGAAAGCGUUUGACCAUCGGUGUGGAAUUGGCAGCUCGACCCCAAUUGUUGCUUUUCUUGGAUGAACCUACAUCGGGUUUGGACAGUCAAACUUCUUGGUCAAUCUUGGAUCUGAUCGAGACUCUCACAAAGCAUGGCCAAGCAAUUCUUUGUACUAUCCAUCAACCGUCGGCGAUGUUGUUCCAGCGGUUCGACAGGCUAAUGUUCCUUGCCAAAGGAGGACGCACAGUCUACUUCGGGCAAAUUGGUGAAAACUCUUCGAUAUUAGCGGAAUACUUCACUCGAAAUGGAGGCCAUGCUCUUUCCGAGGGCGAAAACCCAGCCGAGUGGAUGCUUGACGUGAUUGGUGCGGCUCCCGGUUCUCACAGCGAUGUCGACUGGCCAGCGGUUUGGAAUGAGAGUCCCGAGAAAGAGGCAGUUCUUCAACAUUUGGCAGAGUUGAAAUCAGCUCCUUCUCAAAGUGCCAACCAAGAUGAAUCUGAGUCAGGGCAUCGUGAAUUUGCAUCUACGACGACUGUUCAGCUUCGUGAAUGCCUAAUUCGAAUCUUCUCGCAGUAUUGGCGCACCCCGACAUACAUUUAUUCAAAGCUCAUUCUCUGCAUUCUCACGGCUCUAUACAACGGAUUCUCCUUCUUUCAUGCUGAGAAUACUCAGCAAGGUCUCCAAAAUCAAAUGUUCAGUAUCUUUAUGCUGAUGACAAUCUUUGGAAAUCUUGUUCAGCAGCUCAUGCCAAACUUCAUUACCCAACGAUCUAUUUUCGAGGUUCGCGAGCGUCAUUCCAAAAUGUACUCAUGGCAGGUGUUCAUGAUAUCCAAUAUUGUGGUCGAGCUCGUAUGGAUGCUCGUCGUCGCUGUGUUGAUGUUCUUCUGCUGGUAUUACCCGGUUGGCCUCUACCGAAAUGCCCAGAUGACAGAUGCUGUACACGAGCGCGGUGCAUUGAUGUUCCUGUUUUUGCUGCUUUUCUUAUGGUUUACCUCUACUUUCUCGCACAUGGUUAUCGCCGGCGUGGAAACCGCAGAAACUGGCGGUAACAUUGCUAACUUGCUCUUUGCCCUUCUUCUACUGUUCUGCGGUGUUGUCUCGACGCCAGAGGCCAUGCCAGGGUUUUGGAUCUUUUUGUACAGAGUGUCCCCGUUCACCUACCUUGUAUCCGGAAUGCUGUCCACAGCAGUCAGUGGUACAACUGCUAUAUGCAGCUCGAUCGAAACAUUAGUUUUCGAUCCUCCAGCAAAUCAGUCUUGCGCCGAUUACUUGGGUGCAUACGCCUCUCGGACUGGAGGUUAUAUUGAAAACCCCAAUGCAAUGAGCGCAUGCUCGUUCUGCACUAUCUCCUCUACCGAUACCUUCUUGGCCGCGGUUUUCUCUUUUUGGAGUGAAGCUUGGCGAAACUUUGGUAUCUUGUGGGCUUACUUGGUAUUCAACAUUGUUGCUGCACUUGGUAUCUACUGGUUGGCUCGCGUUCCCAAAGCCAACAAGACCAAAGGUUAG